CUUUGCGUCUUUCCCGAAGGGUUGAGCAGACGCUUCCAUUGUAAGUUGAGAUUAGUCUGAGAAGAUUUCGACUAGAAACAGUUUUUUCUUGAAGAAAUGGCAACAUCCGCCAGCAGGCGCCUCGAGGAUGAGGUGACGUGCUCUUUGUGUAUAGAGCACUUUAACGAUCCUAGAGUGCUCCCUUGCUUCCACUCAUUUUGUCGGCUCUGCCUGGAAGAGCUGGCAGUGCACUCUGAAGGGAGAGGAAAACUUGCGUGCCCCCUCUGUAAGGCGGAAUUCCAGAUUUCCCAAGCAGAUGUUCCGAGUUUGAAGGUGAAUUUCAUGAUCAACAGUAUUCUCUCUGUUCUAUUGUUGACAUCUGAAGACUCCAAGAAACCAGUUUGUGAAUCGUGUGAUAGUGGUGAGCCUGCCCAAGGGAGAUGUAACGAGUGCGAUCACUUUGUCUGUGAGCAGUGCAUCUCGAUUCAUAAGAGAUUUCGACCAGUGCAACACCACACUAUCCUCAGUCUUGAUGAGAUCAAAAGCGGAAAGUUACUUGCAAUGAGCAAGGCUUCCUUCUGUACCAAACACAAGGGUGAAAAGCUGAAACUGUUUUGCGAAUCUUGUAAGGAAGUAAUUUGCCGGGACUGUACUGUUGUUGAUCAUAAAAAUCAUGAUUACCUUUUCACAAGUGAUGUUAUCGCUCAAGAGAAAGAAGAAAUAUUGGGAAGAGCAAAAAAGGUUGCAUCAAAACUCACCGAUAUUGAACAGGCGAUGGCAUUGGUAGAAGAGGCUCAACAACAUCUCGAGGAAAAUAAACGUGCGACCAGAAGGGAUCUGGAUGCGUUCAUUGAUAAGCAGAUAGGGGCUCUUGAGAAGAUGCGAUCUGAUCUUAGAGGAGAGAUCGAGUCAGCUUGUCAGAAGCAGCUGACUGCCCAGAGAGAGAAUUUAUCCAUGAGACUUGCAAGUGCUCGUAGCAGUUUGGAGUUUGCUGAGAGAAUGUGCAGAGAUGCAAAUGAUGUGGAUGUCUUGUCCAUCAGGAAUGAAGUGCUAUCCCAGCUAUCGAGUCUUGCAGAGAAACCCGUGGAUCAGCCUUGUAUGGAGGAUGGAGUUCGUCUUGUAGUGGAUGAGGAGUAUUGGGAUUCUUUGUCAAAGAAGAUCUCAGUUGAAAGGCGUACAGCAGUUUUUGAGCAGUCCGCCAUCCUCAGCGGCAAAGGUCCAGAGUACCUCCGAGAUCUCUUGGGAAUCCUGCAGCCCGUGCAGCAAAGUCCCAAGAGUCGCUGGGUCAGUUGUUUCUCAGCAAAGAGAGAUGGCUGGGCUGCCAGCACCUUCCAUGAAAAAUGCAAUGGCAAAGCGCCGAACAUCGUACUCGUGAGUGUUGGAGGAAGAUACGUGUUUGGUGGCUACUCUGAAGUAGCGUGGACAAUGAGUGACCGUGGAUGGCAGUCCUCCAGCAGGUCAUUCUUGUUCACGCUGUGUAACAAGAAUGGCUACCGCCCUGAAAAGUUGCCAUUGAGGCGCACGCCAGAUGGAUGUGCCAUUUGUGACUACACAAGUUGCGGUCCGGUGUUUGGUGGUGGUAGUGACCUGUUUAUCGCUGACAACGCGGGGGGUAAUGAAGAGUCCUAUACGUGGUCACACACGUACGCUCGUCCCCAGGGCGCCCCAUCUGAUGGCAGGUGUGACGUCUUUGCUGGCAAAUACAGAUUCACACCCGACGAAAUGGAGGUGUUUCACGAGGUGGUGGACUGAAUACAGCUUUGAACGCCUGUAAAGUGACAAUAGACAUAAAGACGUGUAAACAUUUGUUAGUUGGUACUGUGUCAUGAGAAUAAUGUAUUUUGAAUAAGGCUUCACCAUCUUGUGAUGUGACCCGCGGUGCAUCUUGGGUAGCAUGUAAAUCACAAAAUAUCACAUGCUGUGAAAAACCCGCUAGCGAGGGUUACGGCACACUUUACUUUAGUUCAACCUUAUUUAAAAACGUGUACAUCUCGAGUAUAUAUAUCCGAAUUUUAUAACACAAAUGCAAAUUGUAAAUUUUAAUAAUUAUUCCUAUAAGCUGUUAGAAACAAUAUGUUGUUUGGUCUAGAUAACCACGUA